UUGUUAGCCAGUCAUUUAAUAUAUUCGAUAUUUAAAAUAUGGCAUACGCAAAAUGAGGCGUGCGCGUAAUAAAUAACGAACUUUUUCGACUUUUGAAUAAAAACGAACUUGACAGUUACGUUUGAUUUGUGAAUUGAUGGAUAUAAAUUACUUAAGUUUACUAAAGUAGCUUGUUUAUUGUGUUUGUGAGAUAAAAUGUGUUUUGUUUAUGGUGUUGUGUGAUCGCCUGGUAAAAUGUUGUGAGAUGCUCGUGAGUGAGCAGUCACCGGCACCCCGCGUGGUGGCCGGAUUGAGAAAGCUUCACCCUGAACUGACACCAGGUCCUGUGCCGACGCCGGCUGAUCCCAACUUGAGGAUAUCAGGAGUACUACGGCAGUAUUACAAUGACGACGACGUAUCCUGGGCGUGGGUGCGCGCUGCCGUGCGGGGCGGAUGUCUGCUGGCAUGGCGUGAGGGUACCCUGCCCAGGCGGCCCGCUGCCCGCCUGCCCCUGCGCGGGCUGCACCUGCGGACCUCGGCAGCAGUACCCAAUGCCUUCCAGCUGUCCCGCCUGCGUGACGACACAGCUGUUGCCACAUUUCAGGCAUGCAAUGCGGCGGAGUAUGCCAAGUGGGUACGUGCACUUUGCGUUGAAAUUCUCGGUCAGACACCGUUGCCGCAAGUACGAUUUUUGGACGUACUCCCUGCAGCCGAUACUGCUACCCGAGGCUCGAGAAAUGAAACUCCAAAUCAGGAGACAAAUUCUUGCCCGCCCCGGCCGCCACCGCGUGCUCGUCGAAGGCUACUCACGUCUGAAACGCAGCUGCCGCGUAGAGACCACUCUCCUGCCGCGACUGACGAGGGCAUCGUCGUCGAAGACGACGACUACGACUCAUCGUCUGACCGCAGCCUCGACCUAACUCUCUCCCUCGACGCUAUGAAAGCGACCGAUGUGGUUGAUGCGCCCAUACGGAAAGCAGAGAUCAUCAAAUGUGACAAUUGCAGCAAACUGAACGCACAACAUCACACGCUACCACGAGCGGCGCGCUCCGGCGAAUCGGAGCAAGGUCGCCACAGAUAUUUAAAGCGUUGGGAGGGGACGGCGGGGGCGGCCGUGCGGGGCCGUCACGUCAUGGAAGCAGCGAGGCGGAAGACGGCGUCGCUGGAAAGCAGGGCGAGAUCUUGCUCUCCAAACUCACAUGAAGCUGUCACAAAAUAUGUACCAGUGCGGGAGCGAAGAGCUUUAUUUGAGUCAUUGUCACGUAGUGGAGGUGGGUUAGCCAGAAGUACUGAACAUUUGUCGCUGACAGUGUCAAUAGCGCCGACGACACCGAGACGCGCAGCGUCACUCCAUGAUUUGCAAGCGCCUCCCACGCGUUCUGUGAGCGAUCUUCGACAAUUUUUUGAGGCGGUAGCACGUGGUGGGGGGCCUUGUGGCGGUUUACAACGACAUAGUGCCCCUCCUGAUCCCUUGCCACGACCCUUCGUAUCACUCUCAUGCGCUUGAAAACUUUGUACAUAUAUUGUAGAUAUGGCGUUGACCGCCUUCUAUUUACUAAGUCGUUCGUUUUAAGACUGUUAUAGUAUUGUUAUAGAAAUACCUAAUAUAAAUGAAAUAAAUGUAUUAUC